AAUGAAUGCACUAUGAUUUAUUUAUGCAUAAAUUCAUAAAUGUUGAUUGGAUAUUUAUAUGACUUGGAUAUUAUCCGACAGAGAAAAAAAGUGAAUGGGUGAUUGAGAAAUAAAUCUAAAUCAAAUAAACAUAAGAUUAAUAGGUCAAUAAUGCCAUCAGCAGAUAUUGAUAGUUCACGACAUUUGAUAAGUCAACCUUUAUGGAUAAAAGAUCCUAAUUAUUUUGAUUUACAAAGUUCAACUAGAUCUGAUUAUUUAUGGGAUCCAAGAACUUCACGCAAAACUGAACCUGAAGGAAUUCGUGCACGCAGUUUCAAGCCAAAAGUUUCAGCAUACAAAAGUACAAUUAAUUGGGAUUUAGGUGAGAAAGCAAAAUCUAUCUCGUGUGUACAUACAAAAGUCAAUCCAAAUAAAUUUCAGAAUCAUAGUUAUUCGUUGACUAGUUUAUUAGAUCAGCAACCAAGAGAUUGGCUUAUUGAUGAUUAUGAUUCGAAACACAAAGGAUGGCGACGGACAGAUCAGAUAAUAAGAAAUAAAGAAUCAUUUACAAAAAAUUCAUUAUAUCGUGAACAAUUCCCGCCAAAGGAAGCUGUUCAUGUACAACCGGUAAAACCUGUUCAUAUACCAUUAAAAACUUCAGAGAAAUUUACUGAUAAAUCUGUUUAUACUGAUGAAUAUAUAUGGCGACCAGUAUUAAUAGAUUAUAAUCAAUUAAAGCAUCACAAACUUUGUCUUCCUAUUGAAAUGAUUCCUUCAAAGCCCAGAGAUGAAUCAGAUAUGAUAAAUGUUGGCGAAAAUGUCAUGUCAAUGCCUGGUACCAAUCCAAACUUAUUUAAAAGUACAAUUUACAGAGAGGAUUUUCAAAGACAUGCAUUGACUAGCAAAGAACCAGUUAUGUGUAGGAAAAUUGCGCCUGUGAUCAAAUUAUCUAAAAUAUUAAAACCACCAUAUGAAAUUCAAGAAUCAUAUUCUACUAUAAAUUCAAGAUAUCAAUAUGAUUAUGGUAGUUCAAUAAAACAUCGUCAUUUAUCUCAUCAUUUACCUGCAGCUGGAAUAACAACAUUCCAUAAACCAAUUAAAAGUCAAAUACAAACUUAUUCAUUUAAUUACGAUAAUGAUCCUUUAUUUAUGAAAGAACAAUUUAAUCAUCAAAAGAAUUCCAUUCAAAACUUUCAUUCAAAUGUAAAUUUAUCACAACGACUAUAUUUACCAGAUAUCAUUGAACAAGUAGAAAAUAAAUGGCCAUAUUUAGAACAUAAAAAUGGAUGUUUCUAUUCAACGAAACCAUUAGAAGGAAGUUUUUAAAAAAUAAAAAAAACGGAUUCUUAUUCUUUAUUUUGUUUCUGUUAUGCUGUGAUAACAAUAAUCAGUGGUAAUUUUUGGGAUCCAUUUGUGGACCAAUAUUAUACGUAUAUAUUACCGUAUAAUUGUUAAUUAACUAAACUAUUCUUAUCGAUUAAAUGUUAAAUAUUUCUAUGGCAGUCGAUUGACUAAAUAAUCGAUUAAAUGAUUAAAAAUGCUUCCAUGGUAAUAUCGAUUAUAUACGUAUAAUUGAUAUAUAUAUAUACGUGGAUCGUUGUGUGAUCGCUCGUUUCUGGCUGUUUGCAGAAUAUACUUUCCCAUUCCAAGCUUGGACUUCUUCCUCUAGUAGUGGGGUUGGGAUGCAUCAAAUAGCUAGCUUACUGGUCUUUGGUCACUGAGUCUUUGUUCUGGUUCGCAGAUUAAGUGAACUCGUGAUAGCUUCAAACCUAGCAGUUUCUAUAACAAUUUUUUUACAACAUAAAUAUUUACAAAUAGAGAAAUAAAAAUGAUUGAUA